CAAGCUCACGGGAAAUUCAAAUUGUCAAACAUGUCACUGUCAGAAUCACAAGGCACAACCCCUGGCCAGAGACACUGGGUAGAAGAUUUAUUUCCACCUCAUUUCCAGCUCAGUCUCUCGGACCUAACUAGGGAACCACAACAGGCUGAUGAAGGUACGCAGGAAGCAUGGAGGUUAGCCCAGAGAAAGAAGGCAAAGGAUAUCUAUGAGCAAGUCAAGACUCGAAUGGACUCCGAGGCGCAGAUCCCUAAGGACAAGAACAUUCAGGUCGGUGAGCCAUUGUCUGAGCUGAAGCAGAAUGUAAAGUUGACGGGUAAGGUGAAGAGGUCUGAAUCUUCAAAGAAGAAAGAGAUUAGGGAUCCUGGUGGUGAUGGGGAAAGGACUGAAGACGGUGGUAUCUGGUCUAAAGGUGAGAUUGAAAUCCUCAGGAAAGAAUUCCAAAAAGUCAGAGAGGAGAAGCAGAUCUUGCACAUUGAGUUGAAAGCCUUACAGAGGCAUUACAAAGACCUUGAAAAGAAACACAAACAACAGACUGAACUCCUCAACUCCAAAGCCAAAGCUCUCAAAGAGGCACACCAGCAAAACCAGAGGCUGCAUUUACAAACCCAACAUCUAACCAAAGAGGUGCGACUGCAGAUGAGUAAGCUUGCUAUGGCAGAAGAUGACUAUCGGGAAGUUGUCGAGCAGCGAAUGACAAUGAGAAAAGAUGCCAUUGAUCUUCGGAAGGCUCUUUCUCGAACGAAGCACGAUUUGAAGGAGGUGAGGAUUCAGUUAUCAGAGGCAGAUUCCAGACAUCGACUGGAGUCAAUGGAGAAGGAAGAGACGAUGAGAUUAGAAUAUGAAUCACAGAUUGCUGCUCUAUAUCAGGAGCUUAGUCAAUGUAGGACAGAGCUAGAGAAGGAACGGAUGGAGCACAAAAGAUCCUCAAAGGCACUGGAUCUACUUAGAAUUCACUUUGCGCAGCAAUCAGAGAGAACUGAACCUAAGCAUUCCACCACUGGCGAUGCUAAAUCUCUCAAGGUGCUACAGCUUUAUUGAGGAUAAAAUCACAUAUGAUUUGUGAUGCAACUUCUGAGAUGAAUCUUCUUAGGAUGUCAAUUGUUCUCUUUUUAGAUUUUGUCAUGUUCCUGGGUUGCUUUAGAUGUAAGUUGCAAUUUAAAGGGGAAUCCAGCCUUGGUCAUUAAAUGGUUUGUUGGAAAGGAGAAAUAUGAAUGAAACAGAGUAGUGAUAGUUUGAAAGUAAUCCAACGAGCAUUAAGAAAGUUAUGGCUGCUUUAUCAUUGAGAACCUUAAGACCAUGUAGAUUUCAUAUUGGCAACUAGGUAAGUACCGGUAAAUUAUGACAAGGGGCAAGGACAACUUUCCCAUAGGCUAUGUACUUAAUUAUGAGGGAUUUGUGGUUUUCUCCCAAGUACCCUUUCCCCUGGGGCAGUAGUCUGAAUAUAACCCAGGAAGUAUAUUUUUUAUGUCCUCGUGAAGGAAAAUAUAUCACUUGAAGUACCGGGUAAAACUUUCUAAAAGAAUUAUAUUUUACCCAUUUUACGUUACAUGGAAGAAUAGUCCUUACAUCACUAUGACAUCACAUAUGCGGCCAAUUUAAAGUCUCCAUGGGUAUAGCGAUUACCG